UAGUGUUUAUUGGUUUACAACACGGAAGUUUUACAACAACAGAGUAAUGUGUAAGUUAAACACUCAACCCGAAGCUUAUGCUGGUUUUCAUCUAAGAUUUUUGUCUCUAGUUUCCUAACAGCAGACUAAAUGGUGAAUCUCGGUCUCACCAGAGUGGACGAUGCACUAGCAGCAAAACAUCCGGGUUUAGAGAGUUAUGGUGCCUGUCAGUCUAAAGCCUUCAUGAAGGGGACUCUGAGCUUUGUUCUGGGUGCUACAGGUUGUUUUGCCAUUCAGAUGGUUUUACAGAGGAAGGUUCCUUACCCUCUUCAGUGGAACCUGCUCAUUUCAGUUGUGGCAGCAUCGGUGGGCAGUUAUGCAAUAACUCGCUGGGAAACCCAGAAAUGCUCAGACCUCUGGCUGCUACUGGAGACGGGUGAAGUUCCAGACAGAUCACCGCCACGGGGUGAGUAUAGUGUGUGGCUUAUGGAAUAUGAAUUUUAAUGUGCCUAAACCAGAGGAACCAAAAGGUCCUGGGAAGACAAAAUAUGGUGAUGUGAUGGAAUGAAUAUAA